AUGGGGAGAAAGAAGAUAGCCAUAGAAAAGAUUGAUGAUCCAAAAAAGAGAAUCGUAACUUUUUCGAAAAGAAGAAGCGGUAUCGAGAGGAAAGCUGCGGAAUUAUGCAGGUUAUUUGCAGAUAUUAUUGUCUGCAUAAUCGUAUUCUCUCCUUCUGGAAAGGCUUUCACCUUUAGCAAUUCUCCUCGAGGUAUAUGUAAUGUUGUUGAACGGUUCGUUGAAGAACAGAAGAAAGACAGGACACAGGAGACUAAGAAUGUCCGCGAAAGUAAGAGUUCUACGCAAUGGAGAAACGUGGCUGGUGCUGGGAGUGGGAGUGAUAAGUAUUGGUGGGAUACUAUGGACAUGGAAGAACUCGGUUCUAUGGAGAAGUUAAUGUCUCUGAGGGAAUCUUUGGCAAAAUUGAAACAAAAUUUGUCUGCAAGGAAAGAGAAACUUAUUGCAUUAUCUUCAUUGUCGUCUUCAACUAUUGAAGACUCGAUCAAAGUUGAAGACUCGAUCACUGAAGACGCAAUUGUAGAAGAUGGUGCAACAAGUAUUACAGAAAAGCAUAAUCUUGAGCUCAAUCUUAGGUGGCAGCUUAAUGAAAAGGUGCUGUCAUCAUCUCGUCGAACCUUGUCGAAGUUACCCCCUUACAGAAUUGACAUUGUUUUAGAAGUUUUAUUUGAAUUUGCAUCAUGCAAUGUAGUAGCGACCGAUUAG